GAAGCAAAAAAAUAAUAAAGACAGAAGAAAAAUAUCAAGUUCAUCCAUUUUUAUAGCUAGAAAAAAAAGGAAAAUAUGCGUAGGUGCUCAUCGAAGGAUUUAUUGCUCUGCCGAUAAAUGUUUUCAUAUAAAAUAUAUCUCCUGUAAUAUUCUACAUAUACUCAAAGUGAAGAAAGAAUAACAAGAAAUUUUAGUGCAAAAAAAAGGAAGUAAAGCUUCCAAUUUGUGAAGAAAAAAAAGUGAGAAUUCGCUCGUGUACAGUGAUUUGAAUUGACGUCAUAAAAAAUAAAAGAAAAAAAAAAUUGUGUUACUAUUCGUAACAAGCCAAAGGCAUUUUAAUUUGAAGCGUUAAAGUCGUGAGGACAUAAAUCAUAAAUCAGCAACUAUGGGAACAGUGUUGAGUUUUAGUCCACGUGAAAGACGCCCAAUUUAUACAACACAUCAUCAUGGAAGCGGUACAAUUAGUACCUCAAAUUCAGCAUCCGAUUUUCAGCUCAAUAAUUAUGCAUACGAGCAAAUCAAUAAUGCUAAAAAUCGUGAAAAUUCAAAGCCGAUGCAAUAUUUGAACGUGCCAAAUCAAUUUCAAUUACAAAAUGGCACAAAUUCAAAUAGUUUGGUCCUGUUUGGAUCAUCAAAUUCAAAUAUUGUCAACAAUAAUUUGACAACAUCGAGUCAUGUCUCGUCAAUUGACGAUAGACAAUCGGAAAAUGCUCGAAUUCUGUCCGAGAAGAAUGCAAUUGAGAAGAAUCUCAAAAAGCAUUCACUGUUCAUUAAUGCAUUGUCAUGGAAGAGAUUAUCAUCAUCACAUGGAAAGAAGAAAUUGGACUCGAAUAGUUCAAAAAAUAAGUCCAACAUAACAAGUGGAUCAUUUCGUCCACCGACACUCACUGAUACUGUCCAUCCAAUGGUCGUUGUCAAUGAUAAGAAAAAGUAUCCUCAACAGCAAGUUCAACUCAUAGCGAGUAACAAUUCGAAUAAUAUUGUCACAACAAAUCAAGCAAUUCCGCAAAAUUCGACAAACUAUUUCAUGCAAGGUGAACACAAGAAUGUCAUUGCUCUCGACUUACAAAAUGCCAAUUUACAACAUCAUCAUCAGAAUAUUGAUAAAGUUGUAUCGAAAAUGUCCAUUCCAGUUCGUCCUAUACAACUAACAUCGAACAAUGUUGAACAUCAACAAUCAUCGCAAGCACCACGAAAGACAAUUAUACAGGCCUCAACCAGUGAACUUCUCAAAUGUCUGGGAAUCUUUUUACGAGAUCGUUGCUGUAAAUUGCGCGACUUUCAGGCUGGCGAUGCCGUCAUGUGGCUUCGAGCUGUUGAUCGAAGUUUAUUAUUACAGGGUUGGCAGGAUGUCGCAUUUAUCAAUCCAGCCAACGUUGUAUUUGUUUAUAUGCUGGUACGUGAGAUGGUCGAUGGAAGGGAGAUCGAGGAAUUGGAUUUACAGGCAAAAGUGCUGACAUGUCUAUACUUAUCAUAUUCAUACAUGGGAAAUGAAAUUAGUUAUCCAUUGAAGCCAUUCCUGGUUGAAGAAUCAAAAGAUAAAUUUUGGGAUCGCUGUCUUCUUAUUGUCAAUAAAAUGAGUACGAACAUGCUUCGUAUUAAUGCCGAGCCUGGUUAUUUUACUGAAAUAUUUACCGAACUUAAAGGAUGCGGCAUGAGUUCACCAAUAGAGAAUCAAUUAAAUAACAAUCAUCUUAUUAGUCCAAGUUCACAUAUAACCAACAAUAUAUUGAGUAAUAAUAUGAAUAAUUUGAGCAUUACUAACUCACACAACUCUAAUAAUCUCAAUAAUAAUAAAAGUUCAACGAACGUUAAUAUAGUUUCACCAACGACGGCUAUGAAUAAUUUGAAUAGCAUAAAUAAUAACCAUUUGAGUCAAUCGAAUGGAAAUUUACAAUAUGGCUCUGCUUGACGAAAACAUCCACAUGUUGUUGUUCACAUGAUUGCCGGAGCAAAUCAAACAAAUUUAUACCAACAUCAAACACUUCAGGAAUUGACGACGAUUGUUUAAUAAGAUUUUUUAUGAGAGUCAAGGAAGAAGAAGAAGAAAGAAAGAACGUGUUGACAUUUUGUGUGUGUGCAGAUGAUUAUGACUUUAUGAAAAAGGCAGUUCAAAGGGAGAAUGAGGGUUAUGAAGAAGGCUACAAAGUUUAUGAUGAAAAACGCAUAAGUCUACUUAUUGAAGGUUUUGUGUUGCAUUUUGACAUGAAAUUGAUAUUAAUUAUGAAUGUUGUGGAUUGCUAAUGAUAUCCAAAGGGAGAUGCAAUUUUGAGAACCUUAAUGAAUUUAAAGCAAAUUGAUUCAU